UAAAAAUUCAACCAGUUUUCCAUGACAAUAAAUUAAAAUAAUAACAAUUCAUGGUAAAUUAAGUAAGGAAUCAAAGUGAGGGAAAAAUAUGAAGAAGUUUCGCAGAAGAUCUAUGUGCAAUGGCUACUUACACUUCGGAAAAUUAGCCUGUAGUAUGUGCGACUACAAUAUGAUGGGCAGUACUCUUUACGUUAUUAUCGUUGCACUUAUUGGGACAGCAGUCACGGUUAUCGACGUAAUUCGUAUAAUGAAUGGUAAAGCAAAUAACCAAUUGUGUUCGAGAAGCCAAGAGCAUGACGACGUACCAGAAGUAGAAAGGGAUUUGAAGUUGAUGACCUCCAUUCUCGGCAUAGAACAUUUUACAUUAAUGAUGCUGGGAGCAAUAACAGAUUACCCGAUGAUGCACGUCCCCUGGCUACUUAUGCAAUUCUGCAUUAUGGCGAUCGAAUUGCUCGUCUUCCUUGUGCGACUCUUCCUCGAGGGCCUUCACGUGACCCGCGACGAGGUUUUACUCUCGGUGCUCACCAUACACAACUGGCUGCAAGUCUUUUGCUUAUUUCAUAAUCAAAUUCAGCUUUCUGUUUAAAUUUCACAGUUCUAAUCAUAUUUCUUAUACUUAAAUAAUAAAACGAUAAUUUAUAAUAAUUAAUACUGAUUAUCCUAAUCAUAAUUAUGUCGAUAAUAGCGGUGACGACGAU